CUCAUCUUAUCCCACAAUGUCCGGCCGGAAUCUCCUCGAGUUGGGUGAGCAAGUCUCCCGCCUCACCCAGAAAAUAGCACAAGACUUGCAGGGCCGGGGCCAAACAAUCCCGUCCAUCAGCGACACUUUAAUUGAUGGCACAGGACCCGUGGGCGACGCAGAGUCAGCGCUGAAGCUGGCAGAGGCGGCGCGGGAGCUCGUGGCCCUCGCCCUGGGCCCGCACCAGACGUUGGGUCUCAUGGGACUUGCCGUCCACGACGCCUCCAGCCUGGGCGUCAUCGCCGAGUUCGACAUAGCCCGCCUCGUACCCCUCGGCGGCGCGGCCACGUUCGCAGACCUCUCCAGAAAGACGGGCAUCGAUGAGGAUAGGCUGACCCGCAUCCUCCGCCACGCAACAACAAACCACAUCUUCACCGAGCCCACCCCGGGCUCCAUCGCACAUACAGCCCUCUCAGCCCACCUGCACACCUCCCCAGCAACAGUCGCCUUCCAGCGCACCUUGGCGACAGUCUUCAACCCGGCCAACGCGUGCCUCCCCUCGGCGCUGCGCCGCCACCCGGCCAGCACCUCCCUGACCCAGACGGCGCACAACGAGGCCCGCUGCACCGACCUGCCCUUCUACGCCUGGCUCGACGCCGCCGCCGCCGCCGCCGCGGGGGAGGGGGGCCGGAUGAUGAGCCUGCGCGCGGUGUUUGACGCCGGCAUGGAGGGCAUCAGCCGCGGCGGGCAGCGGCUCCAGUCCACAGACCUAAGAGCCUUCCCGUGGGCGGACGCACUCCCGCCUGACGCGACCGUCGUGGACGUCGGGGGGUCGAGGGGCCACUUUGUGCGCGACCUGCUGGCCCAGAACCCUGGGUUCCGGGUCGUGGUGCAGGACCUGCCGCAGGUUGUCGAGGGGCUUGAGGGGGAGGGAAAGGGGGAGGGAAAGGGUGGUGGCGAGGUGACGUACCAGGCGCACGACUUUUUCAAUCCGCAGCCCGUCGUCGGUGCAGAUGUGUACUUUCUGAGGCACGUUAUGCACAACAACCCCGACGAGGAGUGCGUGUCCAUCCUCCGCGCGCUGCUCCCCGCGCUGCGGACGGGGGCGCGGGUCCUGGUGAGCGAGUACGUCGUGCCGCCUGUUCAAGACCUUUCGGGGGCUGCUGGGCUGCUUGCCCAGAAGGCUAUGCGGCAGAUGGACCUCAUGACAAUGGCCCUCUUCAACGCCAAGGAGCGCACACGGGACGAGUACAUGACACUGUUUGGGCGCGCCAGCCCAAGACUUAUACUAAGGGCCACGCACCAGGUGCCCGACGAACUCGGGAGUUGUAUCUUCGAGGCGGUCUAUGAAUAAGAGG